UACACACCUCGAUCCGGCCGGGCCGGGGACACACGCGCGCAGUUUAGAAGGCGGGUGGGCACACGAGACCAAACCGAAAGAAGAAAAAAAAGACCCGCAGAAGCCAUGGUCUACACGAUCGUCGUGCACCUGCGCGCGAAGCCGGGCGCGGACAACAUCGCGAAGCUGCGGGCGAAGCUGAACGAGGCGAGCGCGGUGUACUCGCGGGACCAGGAGACGCUGUCGUGGUUCGUCAUGCAGUCGACCGCGGACCCGCACGACUUCACCAUCGUCGAGCGCUACCUGCGCGAGGACAGCCAGCAGUACCACCUGUCGAACCCGUACUGGCGCACCUUCGACCCCUUCGUCGUCCCGCUGCUCGAGCGGCCCAUGGACCUGCGCCGCUACGAGGAGCUCGAGCCGCGCGCCGGCGAGGAGGCGCUGCUCCAGUAGGGGCGCUGCCCCGGGGGG